AAUCAUGACUUUCGUCAUAGGUCAGUAGGCCUAUUUUGAUUAUUAUUAUUUUUUUACGAAUUAGUGAACGAUUCAAUGUCGCAAUCAUUAACUUUUCGCAACCUACUGUCGCAAGGAUGUAAUCUGCUAAAAAGGUCACUGAACGAAUCUUUUAGUUAAAUGAUGAAUCUCCUCGUCCACACGCAGUUUUCCAUUAAAAAGUGUAUUUUGGAUAGAAUCUCGUAUUUCUAGCUUUCUAGCACGGAGUUAAAUGAGUCUGUUUUCACGUUGCUUUGGUAACGGUUGUUGUAGGCGUGCAGACACCGAUAAAGCAGUCGAGUUAUACUGUAUGUCUAGUCUUUAUUUUUUAACUCCUUCAAUGUUAAGUUUAGUCUUUGGUUGCAGUUUUAGCUCCCUUUACGUUUUUUAAUUCAGCUUGUUGAUGUUGUUUACUUUUCGAUAAUCACCGGAUGGGAUUUAUUUCAAUACUAUAGAUAUCAUAAGGAUAAAACGUUUUUUUUUUUCAAUACAUUGCCUAUUUUAAGCACCUUCUACCUAUUAAACAUCUUAAUUCAGGCAUCCCUCAACAUCUCCAGCUGGGGAAACUACAUCAGACACUAAUGUCAUACUUGUCCCACAGCUGGAGAUGGUUUUCAGCAGAGCAGCCAGGAUCAUCCAGCGAGCAUGGAGGGCACAUGUUGAUACUGCUGUUUUCAAGCACCUCAAGAAACUAGUGAGCUUUCAUAAUCAAGGGGAUCCACGUCUCCUUCUUAGAUUUAUUAACCCUGCAGAGGCUAAUAUCCUGGAUGCUGCUUCAGGGGCACUUAUCCGAUUCAGACUGGGUGGGCCAACCUAUCCUCCAAACAUCUACUUUAAAAUAUACACUCGUGCACCCAUAGUGGACAUGUGUGCCUCCAGUCCUAAAGAUUACACACAGCUAAAGAAACCUGCUCCAAGCCAGAUUCAUAAUGGCCGACUGAUGAUCAGUGACAGGGAUGAUCACUCUGGGUGGUACCAGCGGGUAGAGAACAAUGGCUGGAGGAUUUUGUCUUGCAAGAUCUCUGUGUUCGAAGACCCAAUAACUCAAGAUACCAAUGUUAAGAAGAUACAAUUCCAUCACUGCAAAAUCCGCCGGCGACAAGAUGUUGCAAGAAAAAAGAAGCUUCGGAAAAUUGAAUGGAUGAGAAAGAUGCAUGCUGAGGGUCUCCUGCAUGCUCAUACAGAACACAACGAAACAGCUCUGCUGGUCCAAAAAUCCACAGAGCUGAUAGAUUCCUUUGAACAGAUUGGACCAGAUUCAGUUUCUGAGCAGGAAGUAGACGAGCUGCUCGAAUGGACCAAAGCUCUCAAUUUUGAUGAGUAUAUCAAUGAAUGGAGGAAUUUGGGUACCAGCAAAUGCUGCAUAUUUAUCAAAGGUGGGCUGUCGGAGAGUGACCAGGAGGAGUUUGCUUGUUCUGCGUGAUGUUUGUGAGAUUCCUCAGAUCAGUCAGGAUCCAGUGGUUCAGUCCAGUGGUGAGCCAACAUCUGGAUCACAUCUAAGGCUGGAAUGUAUCAUGCAGCUCUAAUAAUAUAUUGCACAAUCUGAUUUGCUUUAUUAAUUUGUAUAAAUAAAGCAGGUCGUGUGUUUCGAC